AUGGAUAAAGAAAUAUUCUCAACGAUAAUUCGACUUCCAUUAAAAUCUGUUCGUUGUCAUUCAUUAAAAUUAUCACCAAAUGAUUGGAUAAUGCCAACAGAAUUUUAUCGAAUUUGUUGUGUAUAUUUCUAUGAUAUUGAACAAUGGUCAUUUUAUAAACAACAAUUAAAUGAUGAAUUUAUGAAUAUUGAUCGAUUAAUAAGAAGUUUAACUAAAUUAAUUGAUUAUUAUCCUCUUCUAACUGGUACAAUUCAUAUUGAUGAAAAUGAUAAGAGUACUUCUAUUUUAUUUAAUAAUAAUGAAAAACAAGGAAUUUUAUUUAAGGCAAUAUCAAUGAAUAUUUCAAUGAAAGAUUUUUUCUUAUUGAGAAAUUCCAAUGAAUUAAUAAAUAAAAUUGAUCCUUUGACAUUAUUUCAUAUUCGUCAUAGUCGAUUUCAUUGUGGUAGUGUUGCUCUUACUAUUCAAUUAAAUCAUUGUUUUGCAGAUGCUCAUUCAUAUUUUCAAUUAAUUCGACAUUGGGUACAACUUUAUCAUGAAAUUGAUUUUGAACCAAUUGUUUGUCAUCAACGAUCUCUUCUUUAUCCAUUUCAAAAUAAUAUUCAAAUCAAUCAACCACAAAUAUUAACUAUUAACAAAGAAAAAACCUUUUCAUCAAUAAAUGAAAUUCCUCCAUCUAUCGUGAAAAUCUUUCGAUUUUCUACUGAUGAAUUAGAACGAAUGAAAAAUGCCGGUAAAAUCGAUUUACCAAUUGAUAUUGAUUAUGUUUCAACAUUUCAUGUUCUUUGUGCACAUCUUUUUCGACAUGUAACUCUUGCUCGUUGUUUAUCUCCAUCAUCUUUAACAAAACUUUAUAUUUCAACCGAUCUUCGUCCACGUCGUCAAAAACCAAAUAUUCCAUCGAAUUAUUUUGGUAAUGCCGCUUUAUAUUCUUAUUUAUCAACAACAUCUGGAGAUCUUAUCAAUAAUGAUCAUUUAUCAUAUUGGGCGGCACAAGUUCAUCGAGCGAUUGAUAUGACAAUGGAUGAAGAAAUCGAAAAUAUUUUCAAUUGGAUUAUAAAUCAAUCAGAUAAAUCAACUAUUCGACCAACUUGUAAUCCAAUGACAAGAGAUUUUCUUAUAACAGCAUGGAAUAAAAUGGGAAUGUAUUCAGAUUCGGAUUUUGAACUAAAUCUUCAUCCAUGUCGAAUUACUUUACCAUUAAUAGAAACAAUGAAUGGUGCAGCUAUUUUAUGUUCGACAGAGAAAAAUGAUGGUUCUAUUGAUGUUUUUCUUGGAUUAGAUAUUAAGACAAUGAACAAUUUAGAAAAAGAUUCAAAUUUUAGAAAAUAUUGUUAA